UCUUUGCUCACUCAACUCAUCCCUGACUCAUUAGUUCGUUAGUCACUCUUGUGCUCCAAAUAAUACUAUUAAGCGUGGUUGGACGGAUUAUAACGUAUGUAUACAACAUGCACGAAAAUAAACGCCCUCGGUUUCAGUUUUAAUGAUUUUGGGCAAAAAACAAACAGUUGAAAACAUGAUCCAUGCAGAUUUUUCUCCACCUCCUCGUCUCCUGUGUACAAAGAGGGUGUUAAUAACAUGAUGCUCUGUGUGGAUGGGAUUUUUCGUCUCGAAUGGUCUUGAUGUCUGAGAAAAGUAACAACGCGACGGAUGGGUAUAAAUAAGUGGUUGGCACUUCAUCCUCAUCCAAUUGUCUCCCAUCGCAUCCAUCAGACACACAUCCGCAUUCUCAUUUGUUCUAAUACUACCACUCUCACUCUUCUGUUCUGUUCUGCUGUCUCACACACUUUUGUCUCAGAGUCAGUUCUUUCUACUUAUCUGCUCCCCUUCAAAGACUGAAGAACAAUCGAGGAGAGCGCUCCGUAUUCUUUGUCUAUUUUUGGACAUUCUUCUCCCAGCAUUUGACUCAAUCACAGGUCCAGAAUCAGAGCUCGUAGUAAGGACAAAUUUUGCAAGCAGCAGCAUCACCUUCAAGUCAGCAACCUGUUGGACACACCCACAGCAACAUCAUGUCUGAGUUCUCCUCGUCAAUUAAAGUGAAGGAAUCAUCCUCCAAGAAAGUCUCGUCCUCUUCGUCAACGUCUUCCAAAGUGUCCUCAUCCACCUCCGUCAGCGCAUCAUCCGAGAUUGAUUCUCUCCUCUCGAAAUCCGCCGCAGUUCGUGAUUCUGCUCGAAGCCUUGCCUCCAAAUUAAGCACAGACCUGGAAGAUGAGAUGGAAGGACUGCUCGUAUCAUCCAAGAUUAACAAGCCAUCUCUCUCAAUGGGGAGCAGUUUCGACAGCGAUGGAGGGGUGAAAUCUAGCUCCACCAUCAAGAGCCACUCCUCCUCUUCGUCCACCAAAGCUGCCCUCUCCACCAAAACGGCUAUCGUGGAUGGAGUCGUCGUCUCUGCAGAGACAGCAGCGGACAAGUCGGUGCGAAAGGCGGAGGCAGGCAUGGAAAAGCAUGUCGAGGAUGGCGUGGUCACUGAUGAGUCUGGUUUUAAGCGGGAGGCAAAGAGUGACGCCAAGUUGCGAGCCACAAAGGAGAUGAGUGGUGCCGAGUUGGACGAGUUUUUCAGAACGCCAGCCAUCGCGGGUCAGCCUGCGGAAGCUCUUACCGUGGACAAGGGGUCCAACUCUUUCCAGAUGAAGUUGUCGGAUCUGCCUCAAUUUAGCCCUCAGGAAUUGACAGUAAAAAUCGUUGACGGCGUAAUAACUGUUCUUGGAACGCACAACGAAGUUGCGUCGGAUGGAACCACACGGACUCACAAAUAUCUCCGGCGAUUCACAGUACCGGAGGGGUUGACGAGGGAUGAGGUGGGGUGGGAGUUGGAGCCAUCGGGAGUUUUGGCAAUCAAGGCGGGCGAAGGCGUGGUUCCCGGAUGUUCCCAAGUUCAUCUCGACUGCACCAUCUUCAAACCACGCUCAUUCUUUAAAAGUAAUAAAUAGUGAGUACUUAGUAUUCUAUAACUUUGUCCAUCCACUGCUUCAUUAUACAUGUAUGCUCCAAUCUAUUGUGAUUUUAUAGAUACAAAGUUUUAGAGUAGAUUUACUUUUAAUUAUAGAAAUAAACACUAAAUAAAAUUUA